AUGGUCGGCGCCGGCGUGCUCACCCUCCCCUACGCCAUGUCCGAGCUCGGCUGGGGCGUCGGCGUCACGGUGCUGGUCUUGUCGUGGAUCAUCACGGUGUACACGCUGUGGCAGAUGGUGGAGAUGCACGAGUGCGUCCCCGGGAAGCGGUUCGACCGGUACCACGAGCUGGGGCAGCACGCGUUCGGCGAGAAGCUGGGCCUCUGGAUCGUGGUGCCGCAGCAGCUGGUGGUGGAGGUGGGCCUUAACAUCGUCUACAUGAUCACCGGCGGCCAGUCUCUGCAGAAGGUCCACGACGUGGUCUGCCAUGGCCGGUGCAAGCGCAUCAAGCUCCCCUACUUCAUCAUGAUCUUCGCCUCCGUCCACUUCGUGCUCUCCCAGCUCCCCGACUUCCACUCCAUCUCCAGCGUCUCUCUCGCCGCCGCCGUCAUGUCGGUCAGCUACUCCUUGAUCGCGUGGAUCGCGUCGGCGGCGCAAGGGACGUCGGCGGAGGCGGAGGCCGACUACAGCCUCCGCGCGACGACCACGCCGGGGAAGGUCUUCGGCUUCCUGGGGGCGCUGGGCGACGUGGCGUUCACGUACGCCGGGCACAACGUGGUGCUGGAAAUCCAGGCCACCAUCCCGUCGACGCCCGGGAAGCCGUCCAAGAAGCCCAUGUGGAAGGGCGUCGUCGUCGCCUACGUCAUCAUCGCCGCGUGCUACUUCCCCGUCGCGCUCGUCGGCUACUGGGCCUUCGGCAACGGCGUCGACGAGAACAUCCUCAUCACCCUCAACAGGCCGCGCUGGCUCAUCGCCGCCGCCAACAUGAUGGUCGUCGUCCACGUCGUCGGCAGCUACCAGGUGUACGCCAUGCCGGUGUUCGACAUGAUCGAGACCGUGCUGGUGAAGGAGUACUGGUUCAGGCCAGGAUUCAGGCUCCGUCUCGUUGCCCGGACUGUCUAUGUUGCGCUCACAAUGUUCGUAGCCAUCACCUUCCCCUUCUUCAGCGAACUGCUCAGUUUCUUCGGUGGAUUCGCCUACGCGCCGACAAGCUACUUCCUUCCCUGCAUCAUGUGGCUCAUCAUCUACAAGCCCAGAAGGUUCAGCCUCUCAUGGUUCACCAACUGGAUAUGCAUUGUUAUUGGGGUGCUGUUGAUGGUGCUGUCACCGAUUGGAGGACUCCGGCAGAUAAUUCUGAAAAUCAAGACAUACAAAUUCUACCAAGAUUACCCUGGUUUAAGCCAUAAUUAA